UGUACCUUUCAGUUUUAGGAAUGAACAUUUAACCGCAUUCCUCACUUGGAUUUGGUCAUCAUUGUUAAGAGGUCUGGAUUGGACCCUUGCUAAUGGCCGGCCGACCCUCCUCUCUUAUAUUUAUUCAUCUAACUUUAAACCCUGUAAUUGUUGGGUGUUGUUGCACGCUGAAACUAGCCUUAAUCAGAUGGCUAAACGCCUCAAGCUAAAACUUUCUCGAGUCAUUCCUUCACUUCAAUUCUGUCGAUCCAAACACCCUUCAACUUAUGCGCAAACUCCAUUGCCCGCACUGUACCGGCUAUCUCCAUUCAACCCCAAAACCUUUGAUAUCACUUACCCAAUCCUCCCCGCACCUCCACCGUCAACACCGGAGGACCCUUUCGUCAAGCGCCACGUGUUACCCAAGGCCGUAUCACUCGGUUGUGGCUGCUUAUCAGGCUCAUGCACCCCGGACCUAAACGUAUACUCUAAACUCCAUGAAACAAAGCAUUCUACAGAUAUAUACGACGCGUCAAGCGGCAGCAGUGUAUCACCGGUUUGGGUGAACGAAAAGUUCAAGAAGAAACUAAGAAACAAAAAGGAGAAAAAAACAAAGGCAACUGUUCCUUCACGUGACAGUGGCUUUUUCAGUAGCCAAGAAGAAGACGAAUAUAAAGAAACCGACACCCUUAUUUCUACUUCAAGAAGCUUUUCCAACGACAGUUCCUUUGAAUGGGAUAAUUCUCUGGAGAGCACAACUUAUGAAUUUUACAACAGUGAAGAAAAUACCAAACGAACGAAGAAGAAAGUAAAUACAAAUAUAAAGAAGAUUCGAAGACUGCGACGCUACGCUUCAAAGAAUUAUUAUAAAGGAUCGUUGUCGCCAGACAAGUCCUCGAUUUUGAAGAGGAUGAUACCGUGCUCGGUGGAAGGGAAGGUGAGAGAGAGCGUGGCAGUGGUAAAGAAAUCGGAGGACCCAUAUGAAGAUUUUAAGAGGUCGAUGUUGGAAAUGAUAUUGGAGAAGGAGAUGUUUGAGGCUAAAGACUUAGAGGAACUUUUACAGUGUUUUCUGUCUUUGAAUUCGAGGCAGUAUCACAGGACCAUUGUGGAUGCAUUUUCCUACAUUUGGGGAGUUUUGUUCAGCGAUUGUUCUGUGCAGGGCCAGCAAAUCAGCAAGCUGGUUUAAAGCUUAAUCAAGAAGGUCAAACAGAUAUUAUUAAUUCGUUAUUAUUUUUUAUUUCUUGAGGUCGAGUAGGAUUAGAUGAUCUGCGCUACUGUUUCAUACUUUGAUUAGCUUGUAAUUUCAGCAAUAUUAGCCUGCAAAAUAAAGCUACUGUAUAAUUACUUUGUGCUGUAUAUUCUAUGGUUAA